UCCAAUAUGACGAGAUAAAUACUGUGGCUUUUUGGAAGCCAUGUUUAUUGUCGGCUUAACAGGCGGGAUAGCGACUGGUAAAAGCACAGUGUCAAGGAUACUCAAAGAUCUAGGAUGUCCUGUCGUGGAUGCGGAUCUCAUAGCCCGGGAAGUGGUUGAGCCUCACAAGCCAGCAUGGAAGGCUAUUGUAAAGAUCUUUGGAAGAGAUAUUUUACUGAACAAUGAGGAGAUUGAUAGGGUGAAGCUUGGAAAAAUUGUAUUUGAAGAUGAUGCCAAAAGACAUGUUCUGAACAAGUGCACACAUCCUUUUAUACAUCAUUCCAUUUUGUGGUCCUUGCUAAGGAAUUUUUUGUCAGGUCUGUAUAUUUGUUUUACAUCUGGUAAGGUUGUCAGUUAAGUAGGUACCUUUUUAGAUCUGUUUUUUGCGAGUGAAAUUAUUAUUAUUAGUACCAACACUGAAAAUUACUUGCACCAUCACUAAAGGUUUCUUUAUUAUAUAUAAGUUUAAAAUUUUAAAUUGUUGUUUGAAGUACAUGUACCUGUAGUCAGUACACUGUUGGAAAACUAGUAUUAAAAUAGAUCAUUCUAUACUUAAAUCAGGUGAUGACUGAAUCAGUCAUCAACUGAUUUAAGUAUAGAAUGAUCGUGAAUAUGGAGCCUUGAAGUCCCUUCCAAAAAAGCCAUUACUGUACAAGUUUUUACAGUACUAUGUUUUCCUAAAUAGAUCUCUCUACAAACUGCAAGCAUUUUGCGAUUAUCAGAAAACUUUGUUAGUUGAGUGAAUGAUA